UCCGCUUGAAUUUCGGGGAACUAACUUGAUUAUUUAUGUUUUUACGGGGGAUUUCUACAAUAUAUACUGCAUAGGCGCGGCGUAGUCGCCUCAUAUUGUAGUUUGUAUUCGACGCAGUGACUGCUUUUAUGCGAGGAAUACACCAUGCUAUCGAAGUUCCAUAAGAAUGCGGUCCUCACGGGCUACAUAGACUCCUAUUGCCUCGCCUGCGAGAGCCAUCUCCGCAGUGAAGAGGAUAUCAACGUCCACAUCGCCAAGCCUAUUCACCUCAAAAACUUGGAAGCCACAAGCUUCUUGGAAAAGUAUAAAGAUGACUAUGUUAGGAAGGUCAAGAAGGGGUAUUACUGCGAAUUCUGCAACCUUUUGCUGUCAACGGCUGCCAAAGUCGGUCUACACGUUGUUGAAGAAAAACAUGUGAACAAUAAAGGAGCGCUAUUGUUGAGACGCUUUGGGAACGUCAUCCUGGCGUUUGACUAUGUCCUGAUCAGCGAGAGGGCCUGGCAUGGUCUAAUAGACGAAACAUGUGCUGUUUGUAACAAUGAGUUUGAUGAUGAAAACAUCCACAAAACAGAAUCGACGCAUAUAUUAAAUUUGGUGCAAAGUAAAGUCGAGUUUGGAGUUGACAAAACCACUUAUCGAAAGAUUGACAACAGUUCAUUCCAAUGUCUUACUUGCAACAUGGUACUCAGUCUGAAUUCAAUAACAACACACUUUCAAGAGGAAGGACAUAAAACCAUUUACCAGGCGUGUCAUCAAGCUUAUCUUGAAUUGGACUUAAAGGUCGCUUCAGAGGCACAGGUGGAAAAACCUAAAGCAAUAGAACCUAUAACAAGCGUUCCUAAAGCAACCAAAAAACCAGAACCAAAAGCCGAAACAAAAGCUGCACCAAAAGUUGAAAAACAGACAGAAGAGAAAACUAUUAAAAAAACAGAACAAGAAGUUAAAAAACAGGAACCUGCCAAAAAGACUGCUACUACAGAAGUGCCUAAGAAGGAAAGUUCCGAAGCAAAAAAGAAGAAGAAGCCUAAACUGGACAAAAUCACAAGAGAACUUGACGAAGAGAUUUGCAACACCUUAGAUGCACGGGAUUACAUUACUCGUGACGAAAAAGGACAGCAAUGGUGUCUGCUUUGCGACUGGACGAUGGACUCAGUCGUCAUCAACAACCAUGUCAAUGGGAGACAUCACCAGACCAUGCUCAAACUUCACAACGAGCGAAUUCAAAACCAAAGCAAUAAUCGAGAUGAUUCCCCACAAAUUGAUGAGACUGAAAAGAAGGUUGAGGAAAAAAUUAAUAAAGAGGAACAGGAAGACAGAGAGAAAAUAUUGGAUUCCGUAUCCAGAUUCCAGAAGAAUGAUGUAAACAUAAACUUUGUGACAGGGACAGCAAUGUGCAAGAAAUGCUCGAAGAAUGUAGAUUUCGUCUACAAAUCUAUCGAGGCACACAUUGAAGAGCAUAUGAAUAAUGCUGCUAAAAAAGAAACUGUGAAACCGACAGCUGAGACUAACAACAAGCCAACGAAUGUUAAAACGACUUCCUCAACAGCAAAGUCGCAACCAACCAAAAACGAUGAAGAAAAGGCGGAACCGCGGGCCACCCCUCGAGAAGAGCAGGAAGAGAUUGAAAAACUCGCAAAGGAAUAUGACUUCACUUAUAGUAAGGAGAGCAACAAAGUCUACUGCAAAAUCUGUGCGUCUCGAAUCCCGCCUUCUCUGGCGAACAUGAAACAACACGCCAACGGGGCAUCACACAAGAAUAAAGCGGCCAAGGUCUUGGGGAACAAACACAACAAACCAGUCAUUGACAAGCGCCCGAUGAAAGAAGUGAUCAAAAACAUUGUCUGUAUUGAAAAUGCUUUUAUGAAGGACGUGAUUAUAAACGAAAUAUUGUGUAUAAACUACUUGAGCUUCUUGAUGAUAACUUGCAUUGGCCAGGUGAGGUGUCAGGUGUGUGAGGCGAACUUGCAGGGUGAACAGAUACAUGCGCACGUUCAAUCGCCGAACCACUCAAGGGCGAUGUCUGAAACGCCAGUCAUCCUGUCCUACGAGUCGGAAUUUAUACGCGAGGUCCGUCCAAGCGUAUACCACUGUGGGUUCUGCAACGUCGUGGAGAGUAAAGAGGGCAUGUAUCUGCACUUGUGCAGCACCAUGCACCGCGAGGCCAAGACGUCGAGCAGCUGGCGCCUGCAGCAGUACCAGCCCGAGCUGGCGCUGCAUGAGCGGCGGCAGCAGCUCGAGAUGUAUAUGCUCAUGAGAAUGUUAGCUGAGAUCUUAUAAAGAGAAUUGUUUUACAAUCCAAACUCCAUUGUGCUGGUUCCAGUACUAUCUCAUUUUAAGUUAUACCUGUCAUUCUCUUAUCCGUCAAAAAGGAAAGGGGCGGGUAAUCGACAGGCAUGAAAUUUACGGAACACACGUCAAUUUCAGGCAGAAAAAAACAGUCCCAAAAUUGUAUAUUGGCCAAUAAUUCGACAGAAUUAAGUCGACAGCACACGUGAAAUACACGCAUAUCAGCGAGAUGCCUAUCAACCUAUUAUUAUCGAUGCGUAAUAAUUUGAAAAUUAACGGUUCGGUCACUUUUCGGUACACAUCCUUUUCGGAAAGGGAUAUUGGAUUUCGGACAGUCCUUUUCGGUGGAUAAGAUGGAUAAACGAUAGGGUUUGGGAUUUAAAAGGACAAAAAUAUCGGGUGUAAAACCUUUAACGCUCUCUAUUUGUCCAGCCAAGUUGUUAAUGGCAAAUUUAUAAUAUAACAAAAGCAUUAAAAAAUAAUAAUAACAUAAUAAAAUAAUAGGGCAGAAUGCAAGAGGGAAACCACUGCCCUAAAAAAGUAGCAUGGAGAAUGCUAUACGGAUGUGACUUAAGAAAAUAGGAGUAAGUAAUUCAACAUUUUUGAAUUUAUAUUGUGAUUACAAAAUAUUUUUUCAAAGAGAAUAAGACAAAAUAAUAUAAAAAAGAAUUGCGCCUGGCGCUGUUUAUGCGCGUGUUAGAUUCAAGUUAAGUUGCGUAUUAAGUUAAGGACAGCCUAAAAAAUCUCUCAACUUUGAUCAAGAAACUGAUCAUUUUAAAUUAUUAGAUUUACGUACAAAUAAUUAACAUUCACUAUUUUCCAAAAUAAGAGUAUCGUUGUCGAUAAGAUUAAGAAAGAUUAAGAUUCGGAAAGUCUCCCGCCUGGAAGCAAUCUAGCGUGGCCCACAUGGAAGUCUUUAAAUAGGCUCCGGACACAGGUUGGCCGCUGCAAGGAUAAUCUCUGCAGGUGGGGAUAUCUGGUUGACGGUUGCGAUGAUUGCGAGUGUGGAGUAUCACCACAAACUAUGGCUCACCUUUUGUGCUGUCCUAAGUGCCCUAACAGCUGCGCUAUUAAAGACCUUUACGAAGCCACUGACAAUGCCGUAAGCGUGGCCAAUUAUUGGUCAGCAAAAAUUUAGUAUCGAUCGCCAUCGACUCGCAAAGAAGAAGAAGAUAAGAUUAGUUACGUUUUGCGAUCACAGAGCUCCUAGCCUCCUACGAAAACAGAGGGCCUAGUCAAGUUACAAGCGCCAAUGUGUAGUGUCUGUGUAAAAGGAGGUUUUUUGUAUGAAGUGUCCGGAGUGUGCUAACGGUAUUACCGUGAUCCGUUUAUGUCAAUCCCAUACAUUUCCCCUUGUUUACAACUCUGCUGGGCCCGUUCAGGGCGUUGUCGCAUCUCAUCCGAGUCCGUCAAGCGACGGACUGAUGACGGAUCCGAUGGGGCCGUAGUACUAUUUGUAUGGUAGGGAGCACACUACAGUAUUCAUAUUCAUAUAUUUAUUUGUAUUUAUCAUACAUUGUCAUUAUUUAUCUAUCAUACAUAAUUAACAUUAAGUUUAGUUGAACAUCAAUUAUUUUAUAAAAAACAAUUUAAAUUAUAUACUUAAUUCAAGAUAUUUUGUGUAACAAUAAGUAGUUAAUAUUUAAUAUGAACUAGAUCAGAACACUUCACUAUUCAUUGAUCAAUGAACUCCUUAACGAUAUAGUAAGCUUUUUGUGUUUUAAGACUGUUCUAACCCCCGGUAUUUUAAGACUGUUCGGAUGUAGUGGGAAAUCCGAUUCUUAUCCAAGAAAGACGGACAGUAGAAAACUCUUAAACGCCUUUAGGGUUUCAUAUUUCUAUAUUUCUUAUCCAAUAAUGAUAGACAGAAAAACCUACCAUACAAAUAGUACUACGGCCACAGCUUCACAGCUCUACCCCCGCGGCACAGUGCACGCUGUCGACCUAGACGUGACAAAUAUAUGAUAAAUAGUCGCCUCUACGCACAUAGUGUCGCGGGGGCCGGUGAAGGUUUACCUAUAAUUUCAUUUUUUUUACUGCUACUGAUAUUGUUGCUCCUGUGUUGGGUGGUUUCCGUUUGCUGGUGGAUUGUUAAACGCUUCGCUUCGCAACCGUUUGGAUGUUAUUGUUCAUUUACGGUUUUUAUUCUUCUUCUUUAUUGUUUGGUAUUUCCUCUGGUAAAUGUUAAUAGUAUAAUAAGCGAGAUUUAAAGUGCCAUGAUAUUUUUUUACGUUGAUUUGUAUUGUAAGACUGGCAUAAUCAGUAUUAUAGUAUUGGGAAUCGAGAGAGAGAGAGUAAUAGGUUUUUAAGAGUUCCGUUAGUUCCAAUUACGCCCGUGGUGGCGCUGUUAAAGUUCCCAUACAUUUUACUCGGAAGUCGCAAUC